CGCUAAAGUAAAAAAAAAUCAGUUAUUCUCAUUCUCUUAUCUUUCUCUCAACUCUCAAAUACCACACAGAGUACUUCAUAUUCAACAUGUCAGGAAGAUUGCAAUGCCGCAUGUACGCCAACAAGUUCCCUGAAGUGGAUGACUUGGUCAUGGUCAACGUUCGCCAGAUCGCCGAAAUGGGAGCGUAUGUUCAGUUACUAGAGUAUGACAACAUUGAAGGAAUGAUCUUGCUCAGUGAAUUGUCUAGACGUCGUAUUCGCUCUAUCCAAAAGCUCAUUCGUGUUGGCAAGAACGAAGUCGUCGUCGUCCUCAGAGUUGAUAAAGAAAAGGGAUAUAUCGAUCUUUCAAAGCGUCGUGUCUCAGCUACGGACAUUAUCAAAUGUGAGGAACGUUACAACAAGUCCAAAGCUGUGCACUCGAUCAUGUCAACAGUUGCCAAGAAGGAAAAUAAGGACUUGGAGACUCUUUAUGAACAGUUGGCCUGGCCUUUGUAUGCCAAGUAUGGCCAUGCUUAUGAUGCUUUCAAGGCUGCUCUCAACGAGCAUGAAAAGGUUUUCGAAGGGUUGGAGAUUGCAGAGAGCACGAGAGAAGAGUUGUUAAACAAUAUUAGACGUCGACUGACCCCUCAACCGAUCAAAAUCCGUGCAGAUAUCGAGGUGACUUGCUUUGAUUACGAGGGUAUUGAUGCUAUCAAAGCUGCAUUCAAGGAGGCGGAGGCAGUUUCAUUGCCCGAUGUUCCUAUUCGUGUCAAGUUGGUGGCCCCCCCACUUUAUGUCAUGAUCACCAAUGCUUUGGAUAAACAGCUUGGAAUCGAUACAAUGGAGAAGGCGAUUGUCGUCCUCGAGGAAAGUAUCAGGAAAUCUAAUGGAAACAUGGUCACCAAGAUGAGUCCCAAGGCAGUUACUGAAGCCGAUGAUAUGGAACUCGAUCAAUUGUUGGCAAGAAUUGACAAGGAGAAUGCAGAAGUCUCUGGAGAUGAUGAUGACUCAGCAUCGGAUGCUGAUGUGUAAAGAGAAGAAGAGAGGAAGAAAAGCACUUUUAUUUCUAUUCUUUUAUACUUUGUAGGUAGGACACGGUCAUAGAGCAUUGCAUGGAU